AUGUAUAUGAGGUUAACAGGAAGUGAGACCACUAAAAUGAGUAAUAGAACGAAGGCAGACAUCAGAAAAUUGAUCCAAUAUUCGGAGUCGGUUGAUGCUAAAGUAUCCGAGAAUUCACGAGAAGCACUUCGGAGUCUUAUCGAUCAAGGUCCAUCUAAGAAGGCCUUUGCUUAUGUUUAUCCAUUUCUAGGAUUUAUGCAACUAUAUUCAAGAAUUCAUGGACGGGAACGUGCUUGGAACUAUCGUUUUGUUAGGUCAGAUCGUUCAAAAAGCACCGAGUUGGUUGUCGAAAUUAAUCGAUCAUUCAUUAUUCGGCUCUUUACUGAAACAUAUGAAUGUGAGUCGUUCACAGAACAUAAAUUGUCCGAUCGUUUCAAAGAGCAUUAUCUAAAAAGUCGUGAAAGACGAGCAUUCACAAUACUCGAACCAGAGUUGGAUCGCAAUCGGUGGUCACAGCGUGAAGCACAUGACUUCGUUGCUGAUUGCAGACAUGUCUUAGUAAGACCGACCGUUGUGCCACUGAGUCUUCAAUCCAAGCAUACUCAUCUUUCGCUGAGCCGUUCUGCAAAAAGUUCGUCGAUAAUGCACCCAGUUGACUACCAUCGCACCUCGGAAAGCUCUUUAUUUUCGUCAUCUACUCACUCCAUAUGCUCAUCAUCUAACACUAAUACCAGUCAUAUUUUGAUUUAUCCUUUCAUAACUCAUCUCACGAAUCUUUUUUUUGUGAUCAUCAAACCGUUUCCAGAAUCAAGUGCUAGUAAUUGGGAUAUGGAUGUGGAUGUGUGGAGUCCGAGUAUCAAUUUAGGUAUCGAGACGCCCCCAGAAACAAGAUGUGCAACACCUUUGGUGCAUAGACCCAACACCAUCUCCAAUAGUACUAUAUUACCCGGUAGCGUUAGCUCACGUCGUUCGACAGCUGCUUCAGAUGAACUAAGACAACGUCCUUCCACAAGACACUCCUCAUUUGGACAAAAGUUCACGGAUAUAUUCCGUGGUAGAUCAAGGGCAUCAGAAAUGAAAGAACGUUGUAAUGAUGCUCAUGAUCGAGGUGCUGAGCAACGUGAUCGUCGAUCCGCUUUAUCGAUUGAGAACAUUCUAGCCGGAACGAAGGAGGAAGAUUCAGAAGAGAACAUAGAGGUAAUCAACGCAAAGGCUGAGAUAACUCGGAGGGACAGUGAGGCCAGUCAGGUGGAAGAAGCACUAGAUGCGACUGAUAUAUGUUUGUCUCCAUCAUCAACACUCUCUUAUCGAACAAGCACCGAUCGUGCGUCCACAACAAUAACACCGACAAUAACGCUGACUGGUAGUAAAAAGAUACUCGAUGAUGAAUUUGAUAAUGAUGAGAAGUCAGUUCUGAACAGUGAUCUACUGAAUGAUACAUCGAGUACUGUACAUGUCGAGAAUGAUUUGGAUAGCGGAGAGUUGAUGCAGGGAUUGAGCGAUGAAAAGAGCAUUCGUUCAUAUUGCUGUGCUGAUGUGCAGCGAUAUGAAGGUGAUAAGAAGAAUGGACGUGCAGAUGGAAUGCAGGAGGAUGAGGAUCAGAGAGAAGAGAACGAUGUGUUUUUGACUGAACAGAGGCUCUCAGCAGAGAAGAAGAAUCGUGAAGCAACAACGACUGCCAACGAACAGCGCUUCUCGGUGUCAUCAUUCUUCCGUGUCGUCAACCGGCAACGCUUCACGUCCGAAUGCCCCCCACCGAUGCUUAUCACUGAUCUAGUCUACUCACACCCACCUGCACGCAACAAUCGACGUUUUACCUUACAUCGUGUCUCAUCAUGUCCAAAUUUAUGUGAAUCAAUUCACAGUCAGAUCAACACCUCUGCAAUCCAAAACAACAAAUCAAUACCCAAACCGUCACUCCUAACUGCAUCUCAAAUCAAUUCAGCAAUAAAAAAAGAUUUCCCGUAUUUGGCUUUUCUCAGAAGUGUUCCAUUUGGUAAUAUUGAUGAAGAAGGUAUUGAUAUGGAAUUGAAUGAGGAACAUGAGAAGACACGACGUAGUUAUAUGGAAGCAUGUAUUGAACAUCACUCUUGUCUGAAACAGCUUGGUUUAGCUGAUCGGUUGCCAGCGAAGAUUUAUGAUGACAUGACUGCUUUUUUGCAUGGGUUAUCUUUCGAGAAGCAGAGAGAUAUACUGAGUACACGUUUGUCAUUGGUGAAUCAACAUCUGUUAUAUGAACGCUGUGGACGAUUGUUACAUGCCGAGAGGAACAGAAGACUUUUUGGUCGGUUGAUUUUCGCUUAUAAAAAUGCUCAGAAAGCCGUUAGAGUGACAAUCAAAAAGCAGUUCGUCUCGUUUGAAAUAACAACGCUGUACUCAAUUGAAGGUCGUAUAAAACAACAGAAGUUAUCGGAUGCUGAGAAGGUAUCUCUGCAGAAAUCAUUGCACAAUGCGUUGUUGGAACGAGAACAACUCGUCAGUGCUCUAACCGAAUUUCGGAAGAGAAGUAUGGCGGAACGAAAGAAACGAGACGAGAUCGAGAAUGCAUAUCGCGAGCAAUUGCUUAGAUGUCAACAUGAGUCUGAUAAAUACGUAAGAGAGUUGGAUAAAUUGGAUCAUCGAGUGACGAGUUUCAGAUGUGAGAAUGCAGAAGUAGAGUUAUCGUUAGCACAGAGCAAGAUCACUGAACUGCAACAAAUUAAACCACAGCUGCAAAACGCCUUCACAAUCAAUCGGCAGUUGAAAGACAAAAUUGCACAGUGUGAAACGUACGCAAAGGCGGUGAAUACAGCCCGAGCGAUCGAGUUAUCAACGCUGUCUGAACAUAGUGAUCAGCAGUUACUUGCUCAGAUAUCGCAAUUGAAAAUGGAACUGAGAAGAGAACGAAAUGCGAGAGAUGCAUCCAAAAUGAAGACGAUGGAAAUCGAGGACGAAUGGAAGCAGGAGCGUCAGCGAGUGAAUGACCUCAAAGUCAUGUUAGAAAGAGCAGCCACAAAUUUACUCUACAAUCGUAAAUCGGCAUCGAGUCAUGAAGCGAACCCAAUGCCAAUACCAAAAAGCUCUGUUCCUGAUGAAAUUCUUUCUUACGAUAGUUCUGUAUGUGGAUCUGAUAACACUCCAUUCUUCCCUCCGGAACUAUUCGCUAAGCAUUCAAUAUGUAGUGUACCCGUCGAAACGGGUACAUCCGCAAAAUACAGCUCUGUUAACCGCAAUACGAUUGCUGUUAACCAUCCGGAUUUUUCUGUCGUUACAACUCCUGCUUGUAAAGAUAGUUUCGAUAAAGUUGAUGCUCGUCUUCAGAGUGGUACUCUUUAA